AUGGGUGAUUUCAACACCGAGGCCUUUACCUUGUUGGCCCUGUCUAUUUUCAUCAUCGGCCUCAGAACUUGUGCAAGAUGGAUUAUGGUUGGCCCUAAAAAUUUCCAAGCCGAUGAUUAUCUGAUGUUAGUUGCAUGCGUGGUUUAUGGACUUGAAACUGGCGCCGCUUACAUGGUCGGCGCCUGGUUCAUGGGCCUUGCCAAUAAUUCAAUGACAGAUGAACAGCGGAAGACCCUGUCCCCCGAUUCGGAAGAAUACCGUCUUCGUGUGGGUGGCUCCAAGGUUCAAGUGGCCGGUUGGUCGCUAUAUACCGCUUUAUUAUGGCUUCUCAAGACUUGUAUGGCCUUUUUCUACUCUCGAUUGACUGCAGGGUUGAUCAAUAUGCGAAUUCGCAUCCACAUUGCCUUUGGCUUCAUCGCCGUCACCUAUAUUACUACUAUCUGUUCGAUUCUUCUUGGGUGCCGCCCGCUUCACAAAAAUUGGCAAAUAAACCCCGACCCCGGAAACUUUUGCCAGCCCGCUGUAUCAAAAAUUGACGUCUAUGUGACAGUCGUUUUAAAUGUGGCGACCGACCUCUAUCUCAUUAGCAUUCCAGCACCAAUGCUCUUCAAAGCUCGAUUAAAAUGGCGGGAGAAACUCGAGCUUGUCAUCCUCUUCAGUGGUGGUCUAUUUGUCAUGAUGGCCGGUAUACUGCGUUGCGUUCUCAUCUUGACAGCUGGUGCAAAUGGUGCCCAACAAGCCGGCAGCUGGGCCUGCCGAGAAACAUUCGUCGCCGUGGUCAUCGGAAAUGUCCCGAUGAUCUAUCCACUGUUCCGUCGUGUUGCUCGACGCGCUGGAUUAUACAUCACUUCAAGAAGUGGCUCGGAGAGCUACCCAGCGUACCCACUCUCUGGUGAAAACGCAGAUGGAGAAUACGGAAGACGCCGACGCAAGUUCCAUCAUCCUCUGAGUAUACCGGAAACCCAAUGGAACACUACUAUGAGCGACGAACAGAUGAUCCUACCUACUUCCCGACAAGAGCCGCCUACGUGCACUGCUGGGGAAAGAGAUUGGGACGCCAAUAGCCAGGGCAGUCAAGGGAUCAAGGUUGUUCAUGAGACAAUCGUUCAUAGCGCUGAAAAGACUCCUCGGCGAUAA